GAUAUCGAAGAAUCACGACAGUUAUAAAUUUUUGUACUUCGUAUUAUCAACAGUUUUGCACGAGAAACUAUGAUAGUGAAAUUACUAAUACUGGGCCUCGUAGGCCUGGCCUACGCUCGGCCGCAGCUGGACUGUCCAUCUGAUGGCAGACAAUACCUGUUGGCACAUGAAUCAGAUUGCGCCAAAUACUACGUGUGUCAGAAUGGAGAAAAACUCGCGACAUCACAGUGUCCCGUCGACACAUAUUUCUCACUGGAAAAUCAGAUAUGCGACCAGCCCAGUCGGGUUUCUUGUGGGCAAAGGGCGCUGACAUCUUCAAUACAAAUGAAUUGUCCAUCGUUUUUCUUCGGUGAUUUUUUCAUUCCGCACGAAUCUGAUUGUUCGAUGUAUUACAAGUGUGAAUCGGGUAGACCCGUCCUGAAGUCAUGUGAACAUGGAGAGCAUUUUAAUCCUUCCGCUUGGCGGUGCACCCUCCCAGAGUUAGCGGGCUGCCAAAUCAAGAAUGAAGCUGAGGUAUCAGACCAAAACGACCAAAACCCAAACCAAGACCAAACAGACGAUAAUGAUAACGAAACCUUCCCAAAUGGUUGUCCCAGGGACUUUCGAAAUGAGAAAUAUUUCCCUCAUCCAGAAUGUAAUAUGUUCUACCAAUGUGUACAUGGAAGCUACGUUUCGAUGCCAUGCGCUCCUGGCACCGAGUUCAGCUAUAGACUCCAGAAAUGCACGUGGCCACACCAAUCUGAUUGUGGUAAUACUGGAGAGAACGAUGAAGGUGAUAUAGAUGGCGAAGACAAAGGUACUGGAGACAGAGGUGGAAACGGAGGAAAUGGUGGAAAUGGUGGAAACGGAGGUAAUGGUGGAAGCGGAGGUAAUGGAGGCGGUGGUGGCAACGGUGGUAAUGGAGGCGGUGGCGGCAAUGGAGGAAACGGAGGCAAUGGUGGAAACGGUGGUAAUGGAGGCGGUGGUGGAAACGGAGGUAAUGGUGGAAGCGGAGGCAAUGGAGGCGGUGGCGGCAAUGGGGGAAACGGAGGCAAUGGUGGAAACGGUGGUAAUGGAGGCGGUGGUGGUAGCGGAGGUAAUGGAGGCGGUGGAGGCAACGGUGGUAAUGGAGGCGGUGGCGGCAAUGGGGGAAACGGAGGCAAUGGUGGAAACGGUGGUAAUGGAGGCGGUGGUGGAAGCGGAGGUAAUGGAGGCGGUGGUGGAAGCGGAGGUAAUGGAGGCGGUGGAGGCAAUGGUGGAAACGGUGAUAAUGAAGACGGUGGAGGCAAUGGUGGAAAUGGAGGAAAUGGUGGAAAUGGAGGUGAUGGAGGCGAUGUUGGAGAUGGUGGAAACGGAGGUGACGGAGGCAAUGGUGGAGAUGGAGGCAAUGGUGGAGAUGGAGGCAAUGGUGGAGAUGGUGGAAAUGGAGGUGACGGAGGCAAUGGUGGCGAUGGUGGAAACGGAGGUGACGGCGGUAACGGUGGAGACGAAGGCAAUGGUGGCGACGGCGGAAACGGAGGCGACGGCGGUAACGGUGGAGAUGGAGGCGACGGCGGUAACGGGGGUGAUGGAGGCAAUGGUGGAGAUGGAGGCAAUGGUGGAGAUGGUGGAAAUGGAGGUGACGGAGGCAAUGGCGGCGAUGGUGGAAACGGGGGUGACGGUGGUAACGGUGGAGAUGGAGGUGACGGCGGUAACGGAGGUGAUGGAGGCAAUGGUGGAGAUGGAGGCGACGGCGGAAAUGGUGGAGAUGGAGGCGACGGCGGAAAUGGUGGAGAUGGAGGCGACGGCGGAAAUGGCGAUGGUGGAAACGGAGGUGACGGCGGUAACGGUGGUGAUGGAGGCAAUGGUGGAGAUGGAGGCGACAGCGGUAACGGAGGUGAUGGAGGCAAUGGUGGAGAUGGUGGAAACGGAGGUGACGGUGGUAACGGUGGAGAUGGAGGUGACGGCGGUAACGGAGGUGAUGGAGGCGACGGCGGUAACGGAGGAGACGGAGGCAAUGGUGGCGACGGCGGAAAUGGUGGCGAUGGUGGAAACGGAGGUGACGGCGGUAAUGGUGGUGAUGGAGGCAAUGGUGGAGAUGGAGGCGACAGCGGUAACGGAGGUGAUGGAGGCAAUGGUGGAGAUGGAGGCGACAGCGGUAACGGAGGUGAUGGAGGCAAUGGUGGAGAUGGAGGCGACGGCGGAAAUGGAGGCGAUGGUGGAGAUGGAGGUGACGGCGGUAACGGAGGUGAUGGAGGCGACGGCGGUAACGGAGGAGACGGAGGCAAUGGUGGCGACGGCGGAAAUGGUGGCGAUGGUGGAAACGGAGGUGACGGCGGUAAUGGUGGUGAUGGAGGCAAUGGUGGAGAUGGAGGCGACAGCGGUAACGGAGGUGAUGGAGGCAAUGGUGGAGAUGGAGGCGACAGCGGUAACGGAGGUGAUGGAGGCAAUGGUGGAGAUGGAGGCGACGGCGGAAAUGGAGGCGAUGGUGGAAACGGAGGCGACGGCGGAAAUGGUGGAGAUGGAGGCGACGGCGGAAAUGGUGGAGAUGGAGGUGACGGAGGCAAUGGUGGAGAUGGAGGCGACGGCGGAAAUGGAGGUGAUGGAGGCAAUGGUGGAGAUGGUGGAAACGGAGGUGACGGUGGUAACGGUGGAGAUGGAGGCGACGGCGGUAACGGGGGUGAUGGAGGCAAUGGUGGAGAUGGAGGCGACGGCGGAAAUGGUGGAGAUGGAGGCGACGGCGGUAACGGAGGUGAUGGAGGCAAUGGUGGAGAUGGAGGCGACGGCGGAAAUGGUGGAGAUGGAGGCGACGGCGGAAAUGGUGGAGAUGGAGGCGACGGCGGAAAUGGUGGAGAUGGAGGCGACGGCGGUAACGGAGGUGAUGGAGGCAAUGGUGGAGAUGGAGGUGAUGGAGGCAAUGGUGGAGAUGGAGGCGACGGCGGAAAUGGUGGAGAUGGAGGUGACGGAGGCAAUGGUGGAGAUGGAGGCGACGGCGGAAAUGGUGGAGAUGGAGGCAAUGGUGGAGAUGGAGGCGACGGCGGAAAUGGUGGAGAUGGAGGUGACGGCGGUGACGGCGGUAACGGAGGGGAUGGAGGCAAUGGUGGAGAUGGUGGUGGCGGCAGUGAAGCUAACAGAUGCAAAGAGAACUGCUAUGUACCGUUCUGGAAACACGAAACUGACUGUGACAAAUUCUGGCGAUGCGUCAAUAAUGAAGUUGUUCUUGGAGUUUGUUCUGAAGGCCUUAGGUUUAAUGAGGAAAAGCAGACCUGUGACUUCGCAUGCAACGUUGAUUGCCAAAGGUCUGAAAUUCAAUCCACUGCUGGCAUUGAUGGCUUAAAGGUUUUCCUUCCAUGGAACAAAGUUGACUCUCUUCUAGAAAUCGCUAGAAAUACUAAGAAAACCGACGACCAUUAUGAAUAUUAA